GAGACGGAUCAUUGGACGGAUUACUUGUAAAUACACAUGGUCUCUGAACGGCUGAUGACCUUGGAGAGGAGGUGGCUUGAAAAGACAGUAAGCAGCAAGAGACAGUUUUACAGGAUUUAGAAGGCAAGGACAAAUACAAUCCUGUAAACAGACUAAAGAAGCAGAGAGAUACAGAUCCAGAAGCUCUAAACAUCAAAUAACUGAAGGAUAAACCUGAAAAAAAAUAAAUUUAGCUGUAUUCAUUCAACAAAUAUGCAUUCAAUGAGCUCCACAGCAAGACUGAGGACGGGUGAACGGAUUUCCUCGUUCUUCUUCUUCUUUUCCAUCUGUCUUUCCGUAUGUACUGGGACUGGAAUGCCAGGUUCAGACUACAACCCUCAUCCUCGUUUCAUUUGUACCCCCAUUCCCGCUGAUGCCGAUCCCGGGUGUUUCCCCACAGCGGGCGGCCCAGCUGGCCCCAGUACCGGACACCACGGUGGACCUAAUGGGAACAGCAACGGCUGGUGGGGAAUGUCCGAGGAGGCAAAAGCGACAAUCUUGCACCUGCGGGAGAGUUUGGUACAGCAGAAAGAAACCAUCCUGGACCAGAGGGAGACUAUCCGAGAGCUCACUGCCAAACUGAACCUGUGUGAGGGCUUCAACCGCGGAACGGGCAGCCAUGACGACCACCCGCACCGCACACCUGCACACCUGGCACACCACGCCCACCACGCCUACCCGACAGCACCUGACACUGCACAUCUUGGGUGGGUGCCGCCGGAUGGUCACCACGGCAGUCAUGGAAUGGAGCUGGGUCACUAUGGGGAUGGGUUCGGAGGACAUCAUCGCGGGACAGCCUCGCUGAGCGAGAAGCAUGUAACGGGGGAGAUUCCUUCAGCCUCGUCUACGCCGGAGCAGAUGAGCAGGAUGCUUCAAUCCCUAAAGGAGCGGCUAGAGAACCUGCAGACAAGAAACACUUCCACCAGCUACGCGAGUUCACUGAAGGAUCUCCUGCAGAGGAAGAUCAAUGCUCUAGAACAACAGAUGCAACACCAUUCUGCAUCGCUAACCAGUGCCGGUCACAGUGACCACGAGGAUGUUGAUGACGGUCACCAUGUCGACGAUCAUGACCACAGCCAUCACGAAGACACCCAUGACGACAGAGACCACGACAGCCACGAUGAUCACGAUGAUCCUCACGAUGAGAGCCACCACAGUGAUCACCAUGAUGAUGAUCACCAUGAUGACAACAGCCAUGACAAUGGACACCAAGACAACGGUCACCAUGACAAUGAGGUUUCUGAACAUGGCUUUGAGAGGUUGUCGUCUUAUAACCUACAAGGCCACAAAGAGGCACAGGGUGGAGUGCACAGCAAACUGGAUGCAGUACUGAGUCAACUGCAGCACAGGCUUACUGACACUGGUUCUAGAAAGAAGAGCAAAUCCACUGAAGCUUUCCAGAUCGGCUUCCCCCUGCGAACCAACUACAUGUACGGUCGUGUAAAGCGCACUCUGCUGCACGAGAUCUUCUCCUUCACGCUGUGUUUGUGGAUAAAGGCUGGAAUCGGGCCUGGACUCGGAACGCCCUUCUCCUACUCUGUCCCAGGCCAGGCUAACGAGCUGGUGCUCAUUGAGUGGGGCAACAACCCGAUGGAGCUGCUCGUCGAUGACAAAGCUGUUCCUCUACCCCUCUCGCUGAGUGAUGGUAAAUGGCACCAUGUGUGUGUGACGUGGUCAACACGAGACGGCCUGUGGGAGGCCUAUCAGGAUGGAGUGAAGAGAGGGUCAGGAGAAAACCUCUCCCCCUGGCAUCCCAUCAAACCUGGCGGGGUCUUCAUACUGGGGCAGGAACAGGACACACUGGGUGGUCGUUUUGAUGCGACGCAGGCGUUUGUUGGAGAAAUCUCAGACGUGCAGAUGUGGUCUCAUGUUCUCACACCACAUGACGUCUACAGCCUGGCUUCAUGUGGUGGUCAUAUGACCGGUGACAUCAUCGCCUGGUCAGAGUCAGUUGUGGAGCUGCAUGGUGGGGUCACCAAGUACCCCUUUGACCCCUGUCAUUAAAGAGUAAAGAUUCACAAAAGGACAAUCCAUUUACAAAUAUCAGAGUGCAAAAUGUUUUAAAAUAAGCUUGUUUUGAAGCAUUCUGAUGAUUUGUCACCUGGUUGUAAUGCAAAAUCAUCCUUUACCACUUCAAAAACAUUGCCUUCUGUUUACAUGAAAAACUUGAAUGAUCCCAUGACCUCCAGGAUUUCAUCAGGGACCCGUUUUUGUAUUGCUAAUGUUUUCUUACUGAACUUUUUUAUUUGUAUUCUAUAAAUGGCACUUCAGUGUCAUUCAAUGUUUGAAUGCAAGUAUAUGACAUAUUGUCAUAACUUGGAUAGAAAACCAUAGAGGACACUAAAAAUGUAGAUGUUUGUGCAAAAAGUAGAAAACAGAAAAACUCGAGGCUCUAUCUGAGCAGUGAGUUGAACUUAAAAGAUUGAUUUUCUUGUACUGUAAGAAGAAUCUAAAAAUACAGCGAUACCAAAGAGAAGAGUUACACACCGCUGCAGAGACAGCAUUUGAUCAGGCCACAUGCAUCGAUGUUGUGUUUGUAAAUUGUUUUUGUUUUUAUGGUUUUAAUGUACUAAUGUCCAGAUGUUACUGUACUUUACUGUGCUUGUCCAGACGUUUGAUGUUUUGAGCUUCAGAUUAAGUGUAGUAGUUUGUUUUAGUUUAUUUAAUCUACUGUAAAUGUGUUAUUGAUAUAAAAGAAUAUAAAUUUCCACUGUAAUGUUUGUGCAUCUGAAUUUAUUAUACAUUUACUGUUUAUUUACUUGUUUUCAUUUGUUUAAAGAUUUGAAAGCUGAAAUACAAUAAAGGGACUGCAUUUUCAAGAAAAAAAAAAAAAACUUAAAUAGCAAUUUUAUGGUUUCUGACUAAUUCUAAAAACUUUGAAAGUUGAUUUCAUUGCAUUUCCAAACUGAAUUCAUUAGGCUACUCUUCAGUCCUGCAGUAUCGAGCAGCACAAGCCUCUCA